AUUUUUCGUGAACAUUCCUUAAGAUUUUAACAAGUAUUUGGUUAGAAAUUAGGUAGCACUUGCCUUUUAAUAUUUUGUUCUUAUUACUACCAUGGAGAAGCGCAGAUAAAGUCAGAUAGUUGAAUGUGUAUAUUCAAUAACUGGAUAAAUGAUGUUUACACAUGAAAUAAAAACGUUCACAAUACGAUCUCAUCAUUAUAUUCAAAUGAAAAGGUUAAUAUUGAAUUGUUUGCUAAUUUUGUCAGUCCUCAUGCUGUUUUGUCUACUGUAUUCGUUCAUUGGAGUCAGCAAUGAUUUAAAUCAGUUUCAGACAGAAAAAUACAGUGAAGUUAAAAAAAUUUGUGAAUAUUUGCUCACAACCAAAGGUGUGAAUCCCAAUAAUGGAGUUUUUGAAAGUAUUCAGUCAAAUCGGGACCAAAGCUCUAUGUAUUUAUCAAAUCCUCAUAAAUGUGAAGAGUUUAAAUUGUUCCAUGGUCAUGUCAUUCAAUCCUCAAUUGAAGAAAAACUAUUUCCUUUAGCAUUCAGUUUAUCUGUUCAUCAAAACAUUAAACAAGUAUCACGUCUACUUCGACUGAUAUACAGACCACAUAAUUUGUAUUGUAUUCAUGUAGAUUCUAAAUCCCCAAUUGAAUUUUAUGAUCAAGUGUUAGAGUUGGCCCGAUGUUUUGGUUUAAAUGUUAUGGUGUUGAACCGGACAGAAAGUAUAAAUAUUCAGUGGGGAUAUUAUUCCUUACUUGAAGCGUUUCUUGUAUGUGCGGACAAAUUAAUAAAAAACACAGACUAUAUGUGGAAAUAUCUAUUGAAUUUGAAUGGACAAGAAUUACCUUUGAGGACAAACUGGGAGUUGGUUGCAGCAUUGAAAGCAAUAAACGGAUCAAAUGUCGUUGAAGGCUUAGGUCCAAAUUUCAACCCUUCACGUUGGCCUAAAAAGAAUUUCUCAUUUCCUAUUAUUUGGACCAAGGGAAGUUUUUACAUGGCAUUAAAGCGCGAGUUUGUUCACUUCUAUCAAACUGAUCAAAAAGCAAACGAAAUUCUCAAUGCGAUGAAAGAAGAAAGACACUUAAGAAAACAUCCAGAUGAACUAUUUUUUCCUACACUAACUCAUAAUCCACUACUUGGUGCCCCUGGUGCUUGUAAUGAAAUCCAUGUUACUAAUCAUUCGGAUCCACGGAAAAUUUUCAUAGCUCGUUAUGUAACAUGGUAUCAUGAAGGUUGCAAAAGUCCAAGAGUGCGCCGUAUUGUUUGCAUUAUAGGCAUAAACAACCUUCCGUACAUAACGUCACGAGUUGAAUUCUUCGCCAAUAAGUUUCAUGAUGAUUUUGAACCGAUUGCAUAUGACUGCACAGAGUAUUAUAUCAUGAAGAAAGUUUUAAACGAAAUGACAAGUAAACAAUUAGAUCCAAGUUUUAAUCUCACACAUUACUCUAUAUUGCAUUGUUCACAAAAUCAUAUCUAAUUUCACAAAACGCUUAGUUGAUCAUCACAGUCAACUUAUGUUCACUUUCAUUUGUUCAUGUUGAUUCAUUUUAAUAGUUCAAAUUUUACUUAUUUUUGAAAACGCUAUUAAUUGUAUAAACCACCACAGAGAAUUACAAUCUUAUAAAAUGAUUAUUGUAAGUGAUAAUUUUACUUGAAAACUGUUGCAAAAAUAUUACAGUUUUCUUUUCCCGUUUUAGACUUUUCACCGUUAUCUACUAAAACAAAUCUGUGACUAGAAUACUUUUUCCAGCAGACUGAAUAACAUUUUCUUAACCCUAAGGUUGUCAUCGACGAAUUGUUUGCUCAUCUUUAAAACUAACAAAUUGAAUUCAAAAUAACUAGCAAGUUUUUUCUAGGAAGACCCGAUAAAACUUCUGCUUUCGAUUAGUUCCAAUAAAGUUACCUCACCAAUACCUCACACCGCAGAUAUUACAAGUUAGGUAACAGCUGAGAGUAUAGCAUAGAGAUGGACUUAGAACAAUCAAGA